UAGUUCCCGGAGGAAGUAAGAUUGAAGUCUGUGGUGAGAAACUGGAACCGAAUUCAGAGGAGAGGAAAGAAAAACAUUCUCCAAAACCGAAAUGACAGAUUGCCUGGGACUCCGAAAAGGCAGAGGGCUGGCCCUGCUGUGCGCGCUUCUAGGGAUGCUGUGUGGGAACGGAUCCGGGCAGAUACGCUAUGCAGUGCCUGAGGAAUUGGACAAAGGCUCGUUCGUGGGUAACAUCGCCAAGGACCUGGGUCUGGAGCCCCAGGAGGUGGCGGAGCGCGGCGUCCGCAUCGUCUCCAGAGGUAGGACGCAGCUCUUUGCGCUGAGCGCGCGGAGCGGCAGCCUGGUGACCGAGGGCAGGGUGGACCGCGAGGAGCUUUGCGCCCAGAGCGCGCGCUGUCUGGUUAAAUUUAAUGUCCUCAUCGAGGACAAGUUGAAAAUUUUUGAAGUGGAGGUAGAAAUUAAAGACAUUAAUGAUAAUGCUCCUGAUUUUCUAACAGAGGGAUUGGAAAUAAAAAUCUCGGAAUUAACGGUGCCUGGAACCCGAUUUGCACUUAAGACAGCAUUUGACCCAGAUGUGGGCGUGAACUCCUUACAGAACUACCAGCUCAGCCCCAAUGACUACUUCUCGCUGGCUGUGAAGAGCAUCUCUGGGGAGUCCAAGUACCCAGAGCUGGUCUUGGAGCGGGCCCUGGACCGAGAGGAGCAGGAAGUUCACCAGCUUGUCCUCUCUGCCUCUGAUGGAGGCGACCCUGUCCGCUCUGGCAACUUGUACAUUCAAGUUAUUGUUCUGGAUGCAAAUGACAACCCACCAGCGUUCACACAGCCCGAGUACCAUGUAAGUGUUCGGGAGGACGUGCCUGUGGGCACCCGACUGCUCAGAGUGAAUGCCACAGACCCCGAUGAGGGAUUCAAUGCUCAAGUGUCAUAUAUCCUAGAUAAAAUGCCUGGGAAAAUGGCUCAGAUUUUCGACCUUGACGCAGCGACUGGAGAUCUAUCACUAUUAAAAAGUCUAGAUUAUGAAGAUGCUAUGUUCUAUGAAAUUAAAAUGGAAGCCAAAGAUGGACCAGGUCUCUUUUCAAGAGCAAAGAUUCUAGUCACAGUUCUGGACGUGAAUGACAACGCCCCAGAAGUUACAAUCACUUCUCUGACAGGUUCAGUCCCAGAAGAGGCUACCGCUGGAAGAGAAAUCGCCCUUAUCAACGUGCAUGACCGAGAUUCUGGGCAGAAUGGGCAGGUCACAGUUCUUGUCCUUGGAAACCUGCCAUUUACUUUAGAAAAAUCUAUAGGUCAGUAUUACCGCUUAGUGACAGCCAGAUCCCUGGACCGUGAACAAGUGUCAGAAUAUAACCUCACCCUGAGAGCCACAGAUGGAGGAACUCCGUCACUGUCCACGGAAACGCACAUCACACUGCAUGUGACUGAUAUCAACGAUAACCCACCCGCCUUCGCUCAUGCCUCCUACUCUGCCUAUAUUCCUGAAAACAACUCCAGAGGCACCUCCAUCUUCUCCGUGACCGCCCACGACCCUGAUAGUGAUAACAACGGCCAUGUCACCUAUGCACUGAAUGAAGACACGCUCCAGGGCACGCCUCUGUCCUCUUAUGUCUCCAUUAACUCUGACACUGGCGUCCUCUAUGCGCUGCUCUCCUUUGACUACGAGCAGUUCCGUGAGCUACAGCUGUUGGUGACCGCCCGCGACAGCGGAGACCCGCCGCUCAGCAGCAACGCAUCAGUUACAUUGUUCGUGCUGGACCAGAACGACAAUGUCCCCGAGAUCCUGUACCCCGCUUUUCCCACCGACGGCUCCACUGGCGUGGAGCUGGCACCUCGCUCCGCAGAGCCUGGCUACCUGGUGACCAAGGUGGUGGCGGUGGACAGAGACUCGGGUCAGAACGCCUGGCUGUCCUACCGCCUGCUCAAGGCCAGCGAGCCAGGGCUGUUCGCGGUGGGGGUGCACACGGGCGAGGUGCGCACUGCGCGGGCCCUGCAGGACAGAGACGCACUCAAGCAGAGCCUGGUGGUGGCUGUCCAGGACCACGGCCAGCCCCCUCUCUCGGCCACUGUCACGCUCACCGUGGCCGUGGCCGACAGCAUCCCCGAUGUGCUCGCUGACCUGGGCAGCCUGGAGCCCUCUCACGACUCUGACGCCUCUGACCUCACAUUGUACCUGGUGGUGGCAGUGGCUGUGGUCUCCUGCAUCUUUCUCGCCUUUGUCAUCGUGCUGAUGGCGCUCAGGGUGCAUCGCUGGCACAAGUUUCGCCUGCUUCAGACAGCCAGCAGAGGUCUGGACGGUGUGCCAGGCAUGCACUUUGUGGGCGUGGACGGAGUGAGGGCCUUCCUGCAGACCUAUUCCCACGAGGUCUCCCUCACAGCGGACUCGCGCAAGAGCCACCUGAUCUUCCCGCAGCCCAACUACGCGGACACACUCAUCAGCCACGACAGCUGUGAGAAAAGCGAGCCUCUCCUAAUAUCUCAAGAUUUACUUGAAGCAAAAGGAGAGCCCAAGCUACUUGAGGUGAGUUUCUUUCUUUCUUCGAAUAGUAUAAAGAACAGUUUUACCAGUGUGAUUAUUAGAAAGCUAUGA